AUGUCGGCCUCGUCUUCUGCUCAGGCGCUGGAAUACCUUGAGGGUCUCCCGCUGGCCACACACAAGAAGCUGUAUGAGCAGCCUUCAACAGUUCUGGCGGUAUUCCGCUGCAUGUUACCGCAUCUUGCCAAGUCAAUAGUCAUGGCUAUGCUCUACAUGCCCACUCCCUUCCCCGCUGCCGAUCUCGAUACCUGGUUCAAACCCACUGCGCGCAAAGAGAAAGAGCGGGCAACCUUUACCCUCGAUCGUCUGCAUAUCAUUACCUCGGCGCGACAGGACAACGGCACUCUAUCGUGGACGCUCAAUCCAGGCUUCCAACGCAGCCUCCGAAACGCCAUCGAGGGCUCUGGCACCCAUCGCUCUUUUGGAGUACCGGCGACAAAAGAAGAGAGUGGAAAGCGCGUCAGUAUUGAAUUCUUGGACGAGUAUUCGAGGUCACAAUGGGAGGGCAUAUUGUACUACCUUGUAAGCGGUGCGGCUGGUCUUAGCAAAGACAGCAUCUCUAGAGCAGAGGUUGGUCCUGGCACCAAGAAGCUAUUACAUACUGGCGAUCUAGUGCGCACGAUACAUGGUAGUCCAAGAAUCACAAAAGAUGGCUUCUCUUUCGUGCUACAAGAGACGAAUGCGCAGGUUUGGAGUCUGCUGAUUGUCUAUUUGAAGAUGACGAACGAGCUCGGGAUGUCUGAAACCGAAGUUCUCUCAUUCCUUUUCAUGCUUGGCUCUCUUGAAUUGGGCCAAGAUUACUCGACUUCCACCCUCUCGGCGACCCAACUCCAAAUGCUCGAGGACCUCUCUGCAAUGGGUCUUGUAUAUCGCUCUGAAAGGAAUGCGCGAACCUUUUACCCCACUCGGUUAGCUACAACGCUCACAUCAGACUCUGGUAGUGCCAUGUCAGCCUCCUCCAAGGAUAUUGCACAAGCAAGCACAAGCACCACUGGACCUCCAACCGCAGCAAACAAGGGCUUCAUAAUCAUCGAGACCAACUACCGACUCUACGCCUACACUAACAGUCUGAUCCAAAUCGCCAUUCUCUCUCUCUUCACUAAACUCCAACAUCGCUUCCCCAACCUCGUCUCGGGAAAACUAACAAAGGAGUCCGUGCACAAAGCCGUCCAGGCAGGCAUUACCUCAGCACAAAUUAUUUCCUACCUAACCACCUAUGCCCACCCGCAGAUGCAAAAAACUGUCCCCUACAUCCCGCCAACUGUCAUGGAUCAAAUCCGUCUCUGGGAAUACGAAGGCGAGCGCGUGGAAACGACAACGGGCUACUUGAUGCGCGAGUUUGGUUCGGAUGCAGAAUAUAGAGACGUUUUGAACUAUGCUAGUGCGCUGGGAGUGCUGGUCUGGCAGAAUGAUGCUAACAGGUGCUUUUUUGUCAGCCAUGUCGAACAGAUCAGUGCGUAUUUGAGGAAGAAGAAGGAGAACAGAGAGAAUGCUAGGGGCCGAUAA